AUGUUUUAUUCCUGCAGACAGUGUCAUCUUUGUAGCGCCAAUUACGGCAUAGCUGGCAUUUUAAGCACCCAUAUCGCGCUGUGUCACUCACCCAAGAUCAGUCAUGGAGCUCCGUCGAGGUCCCCCCCAAAUAGACUACGAUCUAUUAGGAAGAGUACAAGAAGAGCUUGCGGGAUGGGAGGGGCAGGGAGCUCAGCCGUUACUUACGUCGGAGGAACUCCAAAAUAUCUGGGACCGAGGCAAUGGAAGACGUCCUCUUCCGCCAAACCGUGCUGACAAUACCAAGGUGAAUAUUGCUGAUGGUACACGACGAUGGAUCGCCUUCUGCGAAGCAUUGCCGGGCAAACCCGAGUGGAAGGCCCUUCUCAAGACACUGAGUUGGGAGAACAGGGGUCUCCCUGAAGCAUUCGCGCGGUAUUUGAUGAGAAGAGACAAAUCCAGAAUCAUGGCGCUGAGUACGAUUCGACAAUAUUUGCGACAGCUAUACAUGAUUUACCGCAAAUACACGGAUAAAGAUCUCGACAAGAGGCUUCGAGACCACCUCCUUACCGUGGUCAAGCUCGAACAUACACGUUUAUUUGGACUUCGUAUAGAGCCGAAGCAUAAAAAAGUUCUCGAUCCCUCCGGAUUCACAUAUCUCGCGUACUUCCGUUGGGUCCGAGAUUGGAGGACAAGCUUUAGGAUCGGCCUCGACCGGCUCGAUGAUUCCCUCAUUCGCGACUUUCUUAUGUGGACGGGCUGUCGUCGGCACGAGUUGGUGUAUGCCCAAUCACCGAACAAGAAGACGAAGAUCAAGGAAUAUGACGAAGAGUCCGAUGCUUACACCGAUGUGGACGAACCAGACCCCUACAUUUCACCACGCAUCAAGAAAUGCUGGGUGUGUGACGGGGUGGAUGAGAGGGCAGAGGCGCAACGCAAAGUUCUUUGCUGGGAAGACAUUGAUCUCUGGAUCCUGCACGACCCGAUGCGUGAUGGUAGCCGAGAUCGUCUUGCGAUGCAAAUCCUUCUACGUUUCCAUAAAGGUCACAACAAGGAGAUGGUACCUACGUGGUUCCCUUUCGUUGAAGAAAAGCUCCCCCUUCUCUGCCCAAUCUCCAAGCUACUCGCCAAGGCUAUAUCUGAGGGAGUUGUCGAUUUGGCUGGCUACGACACACGUGCCGAGCCUUACUUUAAUACUAAGAUUGGUAUGCCCGCCGUACACAUACCUUGGAAGAAGCAGUUUUGGCACAAACCUGUCUUCCGGGCAACUGUCGAGUCUUUUGAGGGCCCUGUGAAGUCAGACGAGCCGCUUAAGGCGAAAAGGUUUGAUGACAAUUCAGAGCAACUUGGGAAGGCAGCAGGCUUCCCUGACCGGUUUCAAUCAUACAUUUAUCGGCGAGGAAAUUUGGAAAUCAUGGAUAAGAACUACCGUGAAUCAAUUCGGGAUCAAGGAGCACGCCACCGUCCCCAUAGCGCUGUGUAUCAGAGGCACUAUGCCAAUGCCAUGAGGAAUGCUAUGUCUCAGGAUGCCGGCUUGGGCCGCGGCACUGAGUCUCCCUACCUGGACAUACUCAAUCAUCUCGGCAUGCAAUAUGAUGAGAAUGCGCCAAUGGGGGUGUCCGAUGAAGAAAUGCGCAUCAUAGGGCCAGACAGCACGACCCGCCAACUAGAAAGAGAAUGGUCAGACCUAGAAGCAGAGCUGCAAGCUCGAUAUGGAAAGUCUACCAAGGCUACCGGCGAUGACCGGAAAAUGCGCGAGCAGAAAGCGAGAAUCCUGAAGACAGCAAGACAAAAGCAUCGCAGAAACGUGGGAAAUCUCCUUCGAAAGAGCUAUUUCAGGAAGAGGAAUAACACAGAGCUGGACAGACAGUUGUGUGGCAUCCAUCAACCCCAGCAGCGGUUGCAGAAGAUCAUCUUUAGCCUGCCAGAACGGAAUCUCCUGGCUGCAAUCCUCGGCGACUUAGACGAAGAUCUCCCUGAAGUUGGGAUCGUACAGAGAAAGGUCGAUGCGAUCAAUGCUUGGAUCAACUACGCCUGGAAAAUCGAGCCAAGGGAGCCUGGUAUCUCGCAGAACCAAGGGGUCCUACGAAUGCCGCUGACGGAGAUCGCGAAUCCAACCGAAUCAUCCAAAGUCGCGCUGGAGCAUUCGAAGGAUAGCCAGACUAUGAAAACGAAGCCACGCUAUGUAUCAAUGAUACAAACUCCAAUAAGCUCAAGCGAGUCGAGUUCGAGCCAAGGAAUAGUUCAAGAUCCCACGACAUCGCGUAGUGAAGUUGGCAUAACACGAGUGCCCAUGUUCAACUUGAGUGGAAUGGAUUCAUCCCUGGUGGAACAACUAUCUACGUCUAAGCCAUACAAGUGUUUCUUCUGUUCGAAUCGCUUUACGAGGAAUCCGAAUAUGUGGAAUUGCGAAGACCGACAUCUCAAAAGACGCACCACAACCGUCGUACCCUGUCCCGACCCUAGCUGCAAAGCAAAAGGAGUAGUGCUGGAGAAUGAGUUGCAAUUCAGAAACCAUGCAGCACUGAUUCACAACCAUGUCAUGAGACUUGUCGUGGCAGAUGAAUAAUGUGAUCAUCUAGAGGCUUAUCCUGAGCGCACUCCCGGCAAGUCUUUGACCUAUCCCUAUCAGGUGUGUUGUAUGGAAUUUAUAAGGUGGCUGGAAGCUUACGUCCUGUAUCAUGGGGGAUAUACAUGUACUAUUUAUUAUCCUCUACCUGCUCUUAGUAACUUCACCUUCUAAUGUAUACCUAC